AUGACUGAAUCGGCUCCUGAUAUAACAAAACAGAUAACUGAGAUUGUUGUCGUUGGAGAUGACGACAAGACUGCAAAGCUAAAUACCGACGAAUACUGCAGGAAAUUGGAUAUAGGAGGACAAAAGGUGGUCGUAGUUAAGCAUGAAACCGAGAUCGUUAGCGGAGGAGUCCAUAACUACUGUGUGCAGGGAAGCCCAGAACAUGUUGCAGCAUUAAAAGUAAAAGUAGAUGAAUUAAAAGAGUAUUCCGCCCGCCUAGAAAGAGAACGCGCAGAAGCCGUAAGCCGCUCAGAGUCCGUAACCGGUGAGCUUGACAGACUGGUUGCCGAACUCAAGCAACUCGGCCACGCUGAUGCAGACUCUGAGCAGACUAUCCAUGCUACUGUACACACCUUUGGUAGACUUCAAAAAUUGGAAAUAAUUGCCGAUGAUGAAGAUAGAGACUAUUUGCGUUUGAUUAGAAAGCCAAGAGUAAGGCAGUAUUGGCAUGAUGGUGCGUUACAUAGAGAGGCAGAAGAGAGAUCCAUGAGUUAUACUGAAUUGUUUUGGGAUUUGAUAUUUGUCGGUGUGGUCAGGAUUAUUGGGCAUACAUUGGUCAGUGAUGUUAACAGCGCGUCGUUGAAACAUUACUUCCUUACAUUUUACCCACUCUGGAGACUGUGGACAGAUGUACAUACUUAUUUAAACGUAUACUCAUCUGAUGAUCUGGUUCAAAAAUUUGUUCUUCUCUGGGAAGGCGCAAUUGCAGUCGGCAUGGCAACACACUCUGAGAAAGUCGACGGGAACGUUGGACAAUUCUACAUAAUCUCUUAUAUAAUCGGCCGCCUAACCUUUGCCACGCUGUACCUUAACUUUGCUCGAUUUAUUCCGAUGUUUCGCGUUAGCUUUAUCGCCAACGUCUGGGGUAUUGUUAUUCCGUGCAUUUUCUGGGUGAUUGCCGCUGUCGUACCUAAUAAGGUCACAUCAAGCCUGGUCUGGGCAGCCAUUGCAUUUGAAGUUUUUUGGAAUGGUUUCAUACCGAUUUAUAACCGUUAUGGAACCAAGCAUCCAGCGAACCAUACACAUACAGCGGAUUUCGAGCGAGUUGUUACAAUCACUGAAAGCGAGAAGGAUGGUACAGUCACUGAAAGCGAGAAGGAUGAUACAAUCACGGACGAAGGAAGAGAAGAGAAAUUGCAGGGUAUCGCAUUAACUCCACAUUUGUCAAUGAGGACAAAAGGGACAGAAUAUCAAUGGAAAUGGACCGAUUGGUUUUCGCUAUUUGAAAUAGCCAAGUAUAGGCCAGCUUUAAAUAUUGAGCAUUGGAGUGAGAGGGUGGGUUCAUUCGCAGUCAUAUGCUUGGGAGAAAUGGUUAUAAGCAUUCUGUACACAAGUUUUAAUACAAUCCCAGAUGGGAUAUUUGGAAAAGCCGUUCUUGGUUUACUAUUUGCUUACAACUUGCACUGGAUAUACUUUGAUGUCGAUGCGAGCAGACAAUAUCAACAUGCACUUAGAAGACAUGUCAUUACCGGACUCUGCUUCGGGUUAAUCCAUUUACCAUUGAAUAUGGCUUUGAUUGCUGCAGGGGUCGCGCUCUCAGCAAUAGUCCAAGCAAGGGAUUUUCCGGGAGCACAUAGCAUUCCCGAUGGGGAAUUGACUGAUUCAUCCUCUGAUUUGUCAUCUCAUCUAAAUACCGACUCAGCGCUUGCAUAUGCUACUUCUGAUGUCGGAGGGGCUUCUGCUAUGCCCAAGGAAUUGAUAUGGCUGUUUUGUGUGUCAUCGGGUAUUAUAUUGUAUUGCAUGGCUGCUAUUGGAAUGCUUCAUAAAGGAUUAGAUACUGUUGAUUCUUUGAGGAUACCUAAGGCUUACCGUAUAUCUUUGCGACUAAUAAUCGGCACCAUCUAUAUACUCCUUCCACUUUGCAAUCUCAACUCACUCGAUCUAGUAAUAACGGUCUCAGUGUUAUCUCUUUUCCUCGUUAUCAUCGAAACGUAUGGCCGCCUGCACAGGAACGAACCUAUAUUCUUCGAUUGUGAUCAAGACAUUAUCGGCGAUAGCGCGACGAUGACGAGAGCAAAAUAUAUUAGAUGGAGGUGGGGUCCGUUGAAGAAAAAUCAGCGUAGAUGGUCGAGGGGUGUGUUGAGACAGAGAAAAGAUAAGAAAGAUAAUGUAGAGGAUGUUGUGGAAGAUGAGAAUUUGAAUGGAGAUAUGACGGUGGUUGGGGACGGACGUUGA